AUGAAUAUUAGAUGUACUUAGGCUAAUCAUCAAAAUCAACAAAUAAUGGGAUUUUGUAUCAAUAGGAAAUGUCCAGAUUUGAGGCCUUAUUGUAAUUUUUGCUUACCUUGUCAUAGUAAACAUCUUAAUAAGUUAACAUCUUUGGAACUUUUAUGUGGAUGGAUAUAGCAGAGGGUACUAAUUAUUCAAGAUGUUGAAAAGUGUGUUUAAGAUUGUAAAUUUAGCCUUGACAACCUUGUAAAUUAAUUUCUUCCUUAUUUGCACUUAAAUAUUUAAUAAUUAGAAGAGUUAGGACUAUCUGAACUUGAUAUAUUAAUAAAAAGCUUAUGUUAAAUGGAAGAUUGCGAGGAAUCAUUAUUCAAUUAACUUCAAUAAUAAAUAGAAUAAAUGUAAUCUCUUGUUAAAGAAAUACUAUAAAUAAUAAAAACCUUUUCUUAUUUGAAGUAAACUGAAAUUUUAGAAAGUCCUCUAGACAUAACUAUUUUGGAAUAGCCAAAGUAUGAAUGCAUAUUAAAUUCUAAUCAAAACCAAUUCACAUUUUAACUAAUGUAAUAAAAUUCAAUUAAAGAGGAAGAAUGGUGUCGAGUAAUUGCUUUUAAUAAUGAUAAUUCAAUAGUGGCAGCUGGAUUUCAUAGGAAAAUUAAAAUGUUCUCGCAUAUUUAAGGGUAGCUGAAAUUUCUAUAAUUGUUAGGCGAGCAUACAAAUACCUUAUUUACUUUAAGUUUUAUGAAAAAUUCAAAUAAUUUAGUUUCUGGAGGCUACGAUAUAAUCAUAAUAUGGUAGAUAAAUGGAUAUAAAUAAUGGGAAUGUAAAUAAAAAUUAAAGGAACAUUCAGGUUGGGUUUUUUAUUUAUUGUUGAAUAAUGAUGAAGAUCUAAUUAUAUCAAGUGGUGAUAAUUCAAUCAAAUUUUGGACGAAAUAGAUAAAAUGGUCUUGCUCAUAAACAAUAACUUAACAUACUAAUAAUGUCUAUUCAUUAAGUUUAAAUCAAACAUAAAAUAAAUUGAUUUCCUGUUCAAUUGAUUCAUUAAUAUUAGUAAUAGAAUAGAGAAAGUUGGAUAAAAAAUGGAAUGUUUUAUAAAAGAUAAAGGUAGAUUAAUACGGGAAUAGAUUAUGUUUUAUAAAUGAUAAUAUAUUUACAUUCUAACCUUAUUGUAAAGAGUUUAUGCAUGUGUAUGAAAUGGAUUGUAAUUCCCAAUAGUAUAGGAAGACAAAGGAAAUUGUUGUAAAUUGUGGUUCAAAAGAGGAUUGUUAAUUUCAAUAAUAAUACAUUGAUUCUAAAGGUUUAUUAUUAAAUAAGAAUGGAAGGAAUAUUAUUGUAAUGAAAAAGUCGGAUAAUGAUGACUUUGUUGUUGAGUAAUCUAUAGAAUUUAAAAAAUAUAAUAUUUUUGGAUAAGUAAGUAAUGAUGGAGAGUAUUUAAUUACUUGGGAUGAGACGUCAAAGGAGAUUCAGAUAAGAUAGUAUCAGGUAUGA